CCUCCAUUUCUUUGUUUCUUGCCAAGGUUUGUUUAUGUCUAAUGUGUCUUUGAUCAAUUGCUUCAAAAGGGUAGUGCUUAACAAAAUCUAAUUAGAAUUGAAAUUUCUUUGUCAGCUCAAUAAGAAUGGGUUCAGGGGACUGGCUUAGGUUAUUAGUUUGCGCAAAACGAUUGAACCACAAACAAGGAAAGGUGCAUUCAGCUUCUGAAAAAUCUAAUGGAGAUUCUCAGACUUCAAGUGAAUCGAACAGUAAUGCCAAUGGAGGUUCACAUAGCAAUCCUGGAUUACCCAGAAAAUCAGUUGACGAUAAAGCUGCAACCCGGAUUCAGAAAGCUUUCCGGGCAUAUAGGGCAAGAAAGUCGAUUCGCCGGAUUAGGGGCACCGGGAGAUUUAACAUCUUGAUUCAGGACCAAACUGUUCAAAAGCAAACGUCAAAUGCAUUAAGCUACAUUCAUUCAUGGUGCAACAUCCAGGCACAAAUAAGAACCCGCAGACUUUGCAUGGUGGUGGAAGGUCGGCUGAGCCAAAAGAAGCUAGAAAAUCAGUUGAAACUAGAGGCUAAACUUCAUGAGUUAGAGGUACUACUCAACUAUCAUUACUUUACUUCCCAUUUAAGUUAUAGCUUUCAGACCCUAAUCUAUAACUACAACUUUGAGCCCUGCCAACUUUUACAGCUUUGAUAACAAGUAACGGUCAA